AUGGCCGACGAAAAGGUCUCCGCUGCUGAUGACAAAGAGGUUUUUACUGUGCUGUCAUCAGCUAUCAAGCUCGACAGUCAUGGGCUACCGCUUAGUCCACAGCCCUCUGAUGACCCGGAAGAUCCACUCAAUUGGCCACUUGCUUACCGUUUAUUCGUUUUGCUUCAAGUCGGUCUUCUUGCAACCCUCGGGAAUUUCAAUGUCUCUGCGAUCAAUCCAGCAUCCAGUCAACUGGCGGAAGAGUUUGGAAUAUCGACUGUUACAGCUUCGUAUCAAACAACGGCUGCACUUGCAAUGAACGGCCUAGGGCCUUUCUUAUUUCUACCAAUAGCGAAUGCAUGGGGUCGCCGCCCAGUUUAUUUAUUUACCACGUUCAUCGGGUUUUGUUCUGCGCUUGGAGCAGCUUAUGCCCAGUCGUAUCCACAACUGAUUGGGGCAAGAAUCGUGAAUGGGAGUUUCCCCGUUGCAAUGUCCCUGGGCGUCGGAACAAUCACUGAUAUAUUCUUCCUACAUCAACGUGGUCGAGCUAUGGGAUUCUUUACGAUGAUGCUAACUAACGGAAGUCACGUCGCUCUUAUCAUCGGCGGGGUCAUGGGCCAGUUCUUAAGUUGGCGGUGGAUAUUCAAGAUUGCAGCAAUCGGAGACGGCUUCCUGUUCCUCCUGCUUUUGUUAUUCUUGCCCGAGACUCUCUAUAAGCGACUUGAUCCUCCGUCGACAUCUUCCGAAGAGAAUCACCAGUACGCGAUCGUCAAAUGCUAUUACUUCUUCAUGCUGAAUUCUGUUGAUCAUGAUAGCACGGUUUUGGCACCUCAAUCGGCUGACACGUAUUGUUUAACUCCUUGGUAUCGUCGCUCCUACAGUCUCCUUCCAGCAAUUACGGGACCAACAAUAUUUUUACGUGCCUUUGGCUGGAAGAGCCUGCAAAUCGGGCUCGCGACUGGCGGUGCUCUCACUAGUGGUUCCUUUCUAGGAGAGCUUGCCGGCGGUUGGGUAGUAGACUCUGUCAUGACCAAAGCUCGUCAGAGACACGGUGAAGAUGCACCUAGCGAAGCAAGGCUCAAAGCUGUAUGGACAGGAGAAAUUCUCGUUCCUGCAGGACUCCUCAUAUUUGGCUUUUGCCUUCAAUACGGCUCGGCAUGGCAAGGACCUAUACUCGGGACGGUCAUAUCGGCGUUCGGUACGCAAUGUAUCACAACUGUUAUGUAUACGUACAGCAGCGACUGCUAUAGAGAGCAGUCGACGGAGGUCGCUCAGGUGUUCAACUUCUUUCGACAAGAGAUAGGGGUGACCUUUGCGUUCUACGCCGUACCUCUAGCGACCGCUAUGGGAGGUUACCAAUGGUUAUUCAUUUUCUUCUCGGGCAUUGGGAGUGUGAUAGCAUUCUUGCCUAUUGUAUACUUGAUGUAUCAGGGAACAGCUAUGAGGGCGCGCAUGGGCUGA